AUGGCAAAUUUGUCUGGUUUAACCAGCUCAUUUUCCUUGUUGGAACCUGUUUAUAAAGGAUCUUGUAAGGAGGAUCCUGCACCCAGACGCUCCAUUGUUGAGUCAGCGUAUCAGCACAACUGUGUACUGGCCGUUAACGCUAAUUACUUCGAUGAGUCCUCCGGAGUGUGUUUUGGGAAUAUGAUAUCCGAAGGAGAGAUUGUUAAAAACGAUAACCAUGACAAGAAUCCAACGUUUGGCCUGAUGAAGAAUGGUUCAGCAUUGAUGGGCUACAUUGCACCUGAACGGCUGAGUGCAAUGAACAUGAAAAUGGCAGUUCAAGGAAUGGUAUGGCUAUUGAAAAAUGGAGAAAAUAUUGUGAACAAAUCCUUAAGCGAAGAAUGCGGUGAAUGGCAGUCUGCUGAUAUAAAACCACUGUACAGAUUCGCCACAGUCACAACAGCUAGGCUCGCCAUCGGAACUGAUAAACACGGCAAUGUACUGAUCAUCCAAGCGGACGGUAAGACAUGGGCUAAAACCAGACAAGGACUUUCUCUGCACGAGUUUGCUGAAGUGUUGAUAUCGUACGGGAUGUACAACGCAAUCAACCUGGACGGAGGUGGUAGCACUACCAUGUUUUACAACGGAACGGUUAUGAAUUAUCCUGCUGACGUGUGCGGGAAGUUUCGGUGUACGAGAGAGAGGAAUGACAAAGGAAGAGAGGUUAAAAUACUCUUCCAGGAGGAAAGACUAUUGAUGGACCACAUGGUCCGGAUUGGAUUGUUGGGGUACCUGGGAGUACACUUCACCUUCGCGCUUUGUUAG